AUGGAUUCACAGCAGGCCAGGCCCGAGCAAGGGCGUGCGCGCGCAAACACGGGCGCCUUUAGUUUUCGCAGCCACGGCUCUGGAGACUCGCCCAACGCAAACGCCAGCCCCAAGAGCAAGCACGCGCGCAAGGAGAGCGACAGCGAACGCCGCAAGACCCACUACGACCCCAGCACAAAGGCGAACCCCAACGCCGCCAUGAACGAGGCCCAGCCCAUGGCCGCCGCGCUCGAGAAGCCCACGCUGCAGUCCCUUCGUUCUUUCCAGCACAGCGAUGCCGACGGCAACCUGAUUGCCGAGCCGGACCUCUCCAACCCCACACGCUCUCGUUGGGAGCGCCCGCUCGACACCAUCCGCUCCUUCGAAGCCGCCAUCGAUGGCGAGUACCGCCGCCGCGCCUCGCAGAUGCGCUCCGACCAGACCGACGUCAUGUCCAACUACGGCGGCGCCUCUCGCAGAUCCUCGUACUACGGCGGUGGUCCAGACGUCCACCGCAACUCCUCCAACAGCUACCACGCCACCCAGCAGUACGUCCGCCCUCCCCGCGACUCGUACGACAACGGCUACGGCCAGGGCGGUCCCGUCGGCGGCCCCCCACGCGUCCGCUACGGGACCCGCAUGCAGUCCGACCCUGGGUGGGGAAGCCAGGGCGGCCGCAUGAGCAACGGACAGAACGUAUACAACCAGACGCCGCCGAACGGCUACCAGCAGAGCCGCGACACGGUGCACACCAACGGCUCCAACGGCAGCCACAGCGACGCCGCCUACGGUACCGAUCCCAGCAGCGAGAACUCGUCCAUCGAGCGCUCCCUGCCUGUACGUCCGCCCCAGGGCGACAUGGGCGAGCAGUAUCGCGCGAAUGGCUACACUGGCCCCAUCAGGGAGGAAUACGGACCGCAGCAGGGAGGAGGCUAUUUCCCAACCCAACCUCCACAACAGCUUGGCGGCGCCCCGCCACCGCCUCCACAUGCAGCAAAGACGCUGCCGCCCAGACUGCCGAUUCAACUUGGCGGUGGAGAGCGCGGUGCGGAGCCGGCGGCCCGACCGAGCGUUCUGCGAAAGGAGAGCACAGGGGGCGAGGACAAGAGGAAGAGUUGGUUCAAGAGGCGCUUCAGCAAGAACUAG